AUGAUGAUAUCUAAAGUUACAAUUACAUAUUUCUUAUUAAUGAUCGCUUUGAUUUAUGUUGUUCGAGCAAGUUUUACCGCAGUACCACCUCCACCAAAACCUCCCGAUCAUUUUCAUUCAAAAGAAGAAUUGAAAAGAUAUUUACAAAAAGUUCAUGAAUAUCAUACGAUUGUUGGUCGAUGGCGUCUUCGACGUACUUAUGAUGAACAUCAAAUUUCAAAUACAAUAAAUGAUGAUUUAUUUAAAUUUUUCAACACAAAUAAUGAUCAUCAUAUAUCAUAUAAUAAAUUUCUUCGACGAAUGAUAUUUAACAAAGGAAAUUAA